AUGCCAACAACAGCAUCACCAUUAACAGCAGCAUCACAGACAGCAGUAACAACAGAGAUCCCAGCAAUAGCAGGAGCACCACCACAAACAAUAAUAGGAACAGAAAUGCCAACAAGAGCAUCACCACCAACAGCAGCAUCACAGACAGCGGUAACAACAGAAAUCCCACCAAUAGCAGGAGCAGCAGCACAAACAAUAAUCGUAGCAGAAAUGCCAACAAGAGCAACACCACCAACAGUGGCAUCACAGACAGCAGCAAAAGCAGAAAUCCCAGCAAUAGCAGGAGCAGCAGUAGACACGGAAACAACCAGCAAGUAG